GGAAAAGUACGCAGCCAACAAAUCGGUCCGCUGUCAGGGAAAAGGUGAGCCGAAAACAAAAUCACUGUUUGUACACAAACCCAAACAAUCCACACCGCGGUGGCACCACAAUCGCGUUAAUGCCACGAGUGUGAACAAUGUUGCCGCAUAGCAGCUUCUAGCGCGUUACGAAAUCACACCCUCUUCCUGGAUGCAGCUAUUCUAGGGCGGUUGAGAAACAAUCGCGAUCUCCCUGUACCAUCCGUACUCCCUAACCGGAACCGUCCUUCCUGCAAGAUGGCAAAGAAUUGGAUGACUAGAACGAAGAAAAAGUUUCUCCGGCUUCACCCGGCGUGGCGCGUGUACGUGAUCCUGCUCGGCCUGCUGGUGCUGUACAACGAGGUGCUAAUUUAUGUGUUGCAAAAGUUCAAGUGGUCAAAUAUUUAUUGUAAAGAAGCUGACUGUGUAAGGAUUUUGCUUGUAGCGGAUCCACAGAUUCUGGGCAAAACGUUCGACACACACUUCUAUGCCGGGUUGGCCAACUAUGACUCGGACCGUUACCUGGCCUGGUACUACGAGCAGGCGGUCGAGCAUGUGCAGCCAGAUGUGAUCAUCUUUCUUGGCGAUCUGAUGGACGAGGGCACGGAUUCAACCGAGAUGCAUUUCGAGGAGUACUACACACGCUUCGGAGCGAUCUUUCCCACUCAUCCGACCGCGAGGUCGAUCUACAUACCGGGCGAUAACGAUAUCGGCGGUGAGGGUCGGCAGCCGCUGAAUCCGAUUGCGAAGCGGCGGUUCCGUCAGUACUUCUCCGAGCGUCCGGCAUGGGUGAUUAACGACAAUCUCACGAUUUACAACAUCAAUCGGAUAACGCUGGAAAUGACGUUGAACGAUCCGCGCAUGGUGGACAGCACUGGGUCGGACGUUUCCGAUCGCUACCUGCGGAUAUUCGUCAGCCAUAUGCCGGUGCUGGAUGUGCCGUCCAGCUUCACCUACACGGCGAUACACAACCUGAAGCCGAACGUGAUCUUUUCGGCCCAUCUGCACGUGUCGCAGUUUGCGCGCAUACACCGCAGCCGGCUGAAAACGGUCCAGUAUAAGCCGCUGAGCCAGGACAAGCGUACGGCGUACAAGGUGCAUUCGUUCGAUCUGAGCUACCAUCAGGAUACGCAGGAGCUGCUGGAAAUCAUCGUCCCGACGUGCUCGUACCGGAUGAGUGUACCGGACAUUGGGUACGGUUAUGCGGCCAUUGAUGGCACCACACUGAAGUACACCGUGCUGUGGACGACACGGCGCUUCUAUCAACUGAUCUCGUACGUGGUGAUGUUUGCCGUACCGUUUGGGCUGGGUGUGCUGUAUCUUCUGGUGAAAUUUGUACGCGAACACUGCACCUGUCGGCCACGGUAUGAACGAUUGCCGAAGUAACACCCGGACCGGUAAGGUAGGUAGGUAGGUAGGCGGCUCGUGUACUUGUGCAAUUAUGUGGCGAGGCAGUUAGCGAAUAAAUUAUGAACGUGAAGCAAUGUUUUUCUACAAA